GGUCAGCCGUCCGCCAUCUUGCCUUCGCUUUACCUCAGCCGAGCGCGGGAGGCCCGAGGCCAUGGCGGCCUCCCUCGCCGCCUUCGGCCAGGCCGUGAUCGGGCCCCCGGGCUCGGGCAAGACGAGCUACUGCCUGGCCAUGCGGGAUCUCCUCGUCGGGCUGGGCCGGCGGGUGUCCGUGGUCAACCUGGACCCGGCCAACGAGGGGCCGCCCUACCCCUGCGCCGUGGACGUGGGCGAGCUGGUCACCCUGGCCGACGUGAUGGCGGCGCUGGGCCUGGGCCCCAACGGGGGCCUGCUCUACUGCAUGGACUACCUGCACGCCAACGUCGACUGGCUGCGGGCGCGGCUGGCCGGACUCCCCGGACACUACUUCCUCUUCGACUGCCCGGGCCAGGUGGAGCUGGGCACCCACCACGACGCCCUCAGGGCCGUCUUCGCCCGCCUGGCCCAGUGGGGCGUCAGGCUGGCCGCCGUCCACCUGGUGGACUCGCACUACUGCACGGACCCGGCCAAGUUCAUCUCGGUGCUGUGCACCUCGCUGGCCACCAUGCUGCACGUGGAACUGCCCCACGUCAACCUCCUGUCCAAGAUGGACCUCAUCGAGCAGUUCGGGAAGCUGGCCUUUAACCUGGACUACUACACCGAGGUCCUGGAUCUCUCCUACCUCGUCGACCACCUGGCCUCUGACCCUUUCUUCCGACAUUACCGCCGCCUCAACGAGAAACUGGUGCAGUUGAUUGAGGACUACAGCCUGGUCUCCUUCAUCCCCCUCAACAUCCAGGACAAGGAGAGCCUCCGGCGUGUCCUGCAGGCCGUGGACAAAGCCAACGGUUACGGCUUUGGGGAACAGGAGCAGCGGAGCCUGGAAGCCAUGAUGUCAGCCGCCAUGGGGGCAGAUUUCCACUUCUCCUCCACGUUGGCCGUCCAGGAGAAAUACCUGCAGCCGCCGGAACGGGAAGACGAGCGGCCGUAGAGGCCGUGGGGGCCGAGCGGCGGCGCCCUCUCGGGAGUCCGGAAGGGCCGGGACCGUUCGUCGGGCCGUGGCGGGCGAGGGGCCGGCCGGCCGCCCCCCGCGCCCUCACGGUUGCCGGUGGAUCCUCGGGGGGCGGCAGGAGCCUUCCCUCCUCGACUCUCCAUCCCUCCCCCCAAUACACGCUGUUUUCUGUCUG